GACACAACAUAUGCCUAGCAAUGAACCACAAAGACAGUCCUGUCGGACUUUUGAAGGGGACGAGAGCAAGAAUUGGAGUGAAUUAUAAAAAAUGCAGGGCAACGUAAUUCGAACUUUCGCAACUGUUUGCUUUAUCCACCGCCCUGUUUCCCCAGCAACUGGUCGCGGGGAAGCCCUUACUUAAGCCUACUGUCCUCGGAGGGAUUCCCCAAAUUAGUCUUUAUCGCCCGCACCCUAUGCAGUUCCGCCCUCAUUCCUGGCGCGUUAGAGAUUCAUUCUUUGAAAGAAAGAAUAAAAUGAAUGGAAGUUGCACUGUGAUGUUCGGAGACUUCUUUUCCCACCUGGCUCCGAGAAUCUUGGUGCUCUUCUCACUGUUUUCCGGAAUGCUGGGUGACUGUGGACCUCCACCAGUAUUGAAACAUGCUAUGCCAUAUGAUCCUGUUAAAUCUAUUUACAAACCUUAUGAAUCAGUAACCUACAAAUGUCUUCCUGGCUAUACAGAAAACCAUGACAAAAACCACAUUGCAACUUGUUUUCCAGAAGCAGGAUGGAACCCGAUGGAAGAGUUUUGUGAGAGUGGCUGUGAGGGUCCACGAGAGACCAGAUUUUCUGUAGUGGAUGAUGAAUUUCUUCAUUUUUAUCCUGUGGGAUCAGUUGUGCACCAUAUUUGCCAUCGAAGCGCUGAGCACAUUCCUGGUCAUCCAAAAAGGCUUGCUAUUACUUGCCUUUCGGAUUAUACCUGGUCAUCAGUCCCCGUUUUUUGUAAAGGACAAUCAUGUGGUGAUCCAGGGAAACCAGAAAAUGGUGACCGCAUUAUUCUAAUGGAUUUCCUGCUAAAAGCAAGAGUAAAUUUCACCUGUAGUGAAGGGUACCAAUUAAUUGGAUCACCUACAAGCCAGUGCUUACCACGUACACUUUCUAAUAAUACAGUCAUAUGGAAACCAAAACCUCCAAUAUGUUUCAGGCCCACUUGUCCUCCUCCUCCAGAAAUAAAGAAUGGAGCUUAUACCGGAGGAAAGAAUGGAACUUUUCCCCUUAACUCAAAAGUCACCUAUAUCUGUGAUCUUGGCUUUUCACUUUCUAGAGAUGAUCUUCUCCAUUGUAUAACUGAAGAUAAUAAAACUGGGAUCUGGAGAGGGUCUGUUCCUGAAUGCAAAGCUCAGUGUCCAGCUCCAGUUCUACCUCCCCAUUCUUCACUAAGAGGAGGAGGAGACCUAGCAGAAAGCUAUGCAGUUGCCACUACUCUGCGGUUACAGUGUAUUCCAGGUUAUGAAUAUCUACCUGGAACAAUUCCUACUAUGAGAUGUCUUGAUACUAGUAAGUGGUCAGAUCUUCCUGCACUUUGUCAAGGAAGGCGAUGUCCUGUUCCACAUAUAGAAAAUGGCAGAAUACUACAUUCAGAUGACCUCCGGCUUGGUGAAGAAAUAACCCUUGCUUGUGAUUAUGGGUUCAGACUGAUAAGUGAUAACACUCGACGGUGUGUUUUGAAAUCAGGCAAAGUUGACUGGAAUACAGAGCUUCCAUUUUGUGAACGUAUUCCUUGUGUUCGUCCUCCUGUAAUUGCCAAUGGAAGAUAUGAUCCCAAUCCUUUAGAUACAUAUGAUGCUGGCUCAACAGUACUCUAUCGAUGUGAUCCUGAUUACUCCCUUAUUGGAAAAUCUGCUAUUACAUGUAUAGUUGAAGAAAAUGGUCUAGAUGGAAAGUGGGAUCUGUCUCCACCUGAAUGCAAAAAGGUCGAGUGUCACAGACCAAGAGUCGAAAAUGGGAGAGUGGCAAGUGUGUUUCAAGCUACGUAUACGUAUGAGAAUAAAAUAGAGAUUGAAUGCAAUCCUGGCCACACUUUGGUAGGGUCUUCUACAAUUGAAUGUGGUGCUGAUAGUCAGUGGAAAUCUGUUCCAACAUGUCUUAUGCUCUCUACCACUUCCAAACCAACCAAAUCCCCUACACCUACUGUUCCUCCUACUCCCCAAAUUCCCCCUAAGCCUGACACUGUUUCUCCAAGAGAAGAUGGCACUGAAGUCUCUACCACUUCCAAACCAACCAAAUCCCCUACACCUACUGUUCCUCCUACUCCCCAAAUUCCCCCUAGGCCUGGCACUGUUUCUCCAAGAGAAGAUGGCACUGAAGAAACUACAGCAUCUCCAACUGCAACAACUCCCACACAUGAAUCAGGUUCUAACAACACUGUCGGUAUUGUUUUUGGAGCUGUCAUUGCCGUUAUAGUUCUGGCUGCAUUAAUUUUUGCAGCUGUGAAAUGGUUCUCUCUCCAGGGGAAAGCUAACGUUCCUCAUGCUCCUACUGAUUCUUAUCAUGUAGUUUCAGAGAAAGAUAUGACUUUGGAAGAAAAACGAACAAAAGAUUGAUUUGAGUUUACUGAACUUCUGCAAUAAAACUUUAAUAACCUUUCAACAGUUUCCCAUUUGAGAACUGAAAAAGAGGAACUCAGUGAAGAUUUGAGUUCAUAGUUUUACAGUUUGACCAUUGGAAGAGACAGUUAAUACAUGAAGCGAUCAGCAUUUGAUCUACAAGACUACUCCUUUUUCAUAUUCUGCUUCUACAUUCUAGUAGAUUGCACUUAAAUCCUUUCAGAAUAUCUCUUAGCAUGUCUGGUUCUUAGCACUCGGAUACAGAAUCUGAGGGACCUCCAUAUCUCUACUUCAGGGAUGAUGCAUUAUCAAGAGAUAACUAUUCUAGAAUGAAAGAGUCAGCAAGUCCUGUGUAGUUCUUUUAACAGCCUGGUUCUUAAAUCAGCUUCUAAGUUCAUGUGGCAUCCAAAGAAAAGUUAACUUGCUUUCUGGGUUUUAAAUUUAUGCUGAAACAAUAAGCUUUGCCUAAUAUAAAUUGUGUUCUGUUUUAUAUUUUAACAGUCAACAUAAAUUUUACAACCAAUAAAUUGAGAUACAUGUCCUAGUGGGGAAGAUUCAGUUUUUGUCUUUACAGUCACUGUAAUGAGAAAGUGUGUUUUGGCUGAAUGGAGCCGAUCCUGAAAUAUUCAACAUAGUUGUUGAGGAGGAGAGUGGCAAAAUGUCUGUUACGAUGCUCUGUGUCACAUCACAACAUACAUUCUGUCAUUUUGACACUAUUUUGGUCAGCCAUGGAUGCCUGUGGUAUUCAAGAAAGUAUUUUGUAUGUUUGCAAAAGUUGUAUUUAUAAAUUUUAUUGUAUUCCUUCUUAUAUGGGAAAAAUGAAUUAAAUGCAAUGGCUGUAUAUAGAGAAAUGUCUGGCAAUGGUAAUAUUAAAGAUUGAAUUGCACGAGCA